AGAGAGAGAGAGAGAGAGAGCCUCUCAGUGAAAGGACUAAUGGAGGAACAACUCAGUCCUUUAGCAGUUACUCAUCUCCUUCAGCACACACUCAGAAGCUUGUGCAUUCAUGAAAACUCCCAAUGGGUGUAUGCAGUCUUUUGGAGGAUCUUGCCUAGGAACUACCCACCACCCAAAUGGGAUAGCCAAGGAGGAGCAUUUGACAGGUCAAGAGGAAACAGGAGGAACUGGAUAUUGGUUUGGGAAGAUGGUUUCUGCAACUUUGCAGCCUCAACUGCUGAGAUCAACAAUGGAGAUUGUCCGGGAUCGUCGGUUUAUGGAAACUGUGAAUACCAACACUAUCAAGGAUUGCAACCAGAGCUGUUCUUCAAGAUGUCACAUGAAAUCUACAAUUAUGGUGAAGGGUAAGUGGCGAUAACCAUUUCUUACUUUGUUUACUGAUUCAGAUAGGUCUCCAAGGUCCAAGCUGGAUUGGUUUUAUUGGCAGUUUAAUUGGAAA